AGCUUUGCAGUUGGAUAUGUGAUUUUUCUUCGCCGGAACUGUGUCGUCUCGGGUGCGGGGAUUCAUUUCACCGUUGCACUUAACUCCGCAUGUUGCCUCCUUCCCAUGCUGCUGUUGUCAUAUCUGAGAAUGAAGCUCUUGACUCACAAUAUGCUUACCUCUCACGUUAAGGGAGUCACAAAAGGUUACCCGCUGUUAAUUAAGGCAACAGAGGUAAAGCUUACUGAUGUCGAUUUCAACUCAGAGUUUGUCUCGCGCAUGAUUCCCAAAAUUGAGUGGAGUGUUCUUGUUGAGGCAGCAGACACUCUAGGACACUUGAAUGAUCUUCCCAGGGACCUUCCCCCAGACUAUGAAAGCAGUGAGGACUUCCUGCGUAAAGUGCAUCAUGUGUUACUAGAGGUGGAAGUUCUGGAAGGAAAUCUAAAAUGUCCAGAGUCGGGGCGUGAAUUUCCAAUUACUAAAGGUGUUCCUAACAUGCUUCUCAAUGAGGAUGAAGUUUAAAGUAGUUCAUAUUCACUAUAUGCCCCCAGCUGACAUACAGACUUUGCUGAACACUGCGGUAGUGAAAUGGAAAUGCCAUAGGGGCGCUGCAAGGCCGGCUUCAAAAUAAAUCUUCAGCUGCUCCUGUUCCUUCUGUGGGUACUAAAUGCACUGAACGAUUAUGGAAUUUUAAAACCUGCCUCAGCCUGUCAGGCUUCAGACACACUUAUUGAUUUCCUUGUGUGUUUGUUUUGAGACUUGAUUAUGUAAUGGAGUUACAGAAAAGAUGUGUCAGCAUGCAUUUGCAAAAGAGGAGAGAAAAUAGGUGAAAGUUAAUAGCAGGAUGUUAAAGGAUUGGGCCAUUAACUUUCACUUUUUCUCUCUCUCUCUAUGUAAUGUAAUGAUGACUUGGCAUGUAUUGGUUUUAUGAUGUUACUGUUUAGGUUUUUUUUUAUGUGCAGUUUUUUUUUUAUAUAUAUAUAAAAUGAGACUCUAAACAAAGAAUGGAUUUAAUUGCUAAUAAACCAAGAACGUUAAAAUUGUCUCAAAAAUGUGAAUUUGUAGAUUAGGGAUCAUUGCUAGCUAUGACGCUUCUUUUACAAAAUUCAAAUGAUACUUUAAAUCCUCAGGACAGGUAGGUAGAAAACUUGACAGGAACAAGGGACUUUUUAGGAACUCUGGGUCCCACUCCAGGAUAAUGAAUUCAUUUGUGAUAACAUGUAGCACAAGAGCUACUAGUACCUCAUUGUUUUGGUGGUACUGCUGCAUAUUGAAAUGACGUUAGCAGGUUUAACUUACAACCUUUAUACGUCACCUAUUUUACAUAAAGGUUACAGAUCCUAUAGUGUAGUGGGAAUGCAACACACCAAAGUGGCCAGUGACCACAAGUGGCCCAGGGCCUCCAUCUUACUGGAACUCAUUGGUUCCCGAAAACAGGUCGUAUGGUGGGAAAGUAAUUAUAGAUGGCACUUUAUGAUUCAUUUGAACUAUAUUUUAAGGCAACUGCCAAUAAACUGUUAAAAAAAGUUUAAAAAAUGAAAAUACCAGUAAUCUCCUCAGAGAAUGUAGAAGGAAGUGGAAAAAGGGAAGGUGACAUCUACUUGAAUUCUACUCACUGAAGUUACCACUGCAGUUAAAGAUUCUGGGGUAGGGCUACUAUAUUCCCUUUACACGGCAUCAGAGAUGUAUUUCAGUGAAUGCAGAAGCUGCUGUGGCAUCUGUGGUAACAUUUCAGGCCUGUCUAUUUGUAUUAAUAGUGUAUGUCAUUAAUGAGAUAUCUGAGUAGAUGCAGCAUUCUGCAGCAGUGGCUCUUUGUGUUUUAGACUGAAGUCCACUUUAUCAAAGUCAAAAGAUAUAAAGGGCCACCUAUGGCCAGCAGCCAUUCUUUACCAUCAAUUCCAUUUUCCAAUUAACAAAUUCUUUAUUUCUACAUGUAAAAAAUACUGUAACAACCUGGGGUGCAAAUAGAAAGUGUUGGCACACAAACUCAAUAUUGAGUUAAUAAGCCAGAAUAGGACUGUUUAUCGGAAAACACCUCCUCCAUUUUAAAAGCCUGAAUUAUUUCUGUACUGUCAGGAUGAACAGAAUGAAUAUUUAGGACUCAUUAGGAAGUGAGCCAAGAGUCAAAAUAUUGAGAAAGUCGAGAAAGAAAUGGAGUGCCAAAAUCCAAAACAUUAAGCAAGAUGGUUGUCCGAAAGGGAAAAGCGUGAGUUUUGAAAUGAGAAUAACAAAAUUAGAAGCACACAAAGAAAGGCUUAUUAGUUCUAGUAAAGUAUCCAAAUCACAGAUAGUGACUGGAGCGUCUUGUAUUUAACCUGUCAUGUAAAUGGCAUCACACGUGGCAAUGAUUCGACCCAUGCCGCCUACAAACCAAGAGGCCGCACUUGGCAACAAAACCCUAUAGAAACCCAACACAAGCAGAACUCCCACCCCCCUCCAGUCUGUUUCUGUAAUGAAUGCUAAUUCUUUUUCUGCAUUGGAUGUUGUCAUGUGCAACAAAAGUCUGGCAAAACGUUCAGUUGUCAUUGUCUUAGACCCAUUCCAGUUGGCCAUCUCAGUACAAAAGUUUAAGGAAGAUGAGUAGGCCAUCCCAGGGACCAUGUGGUGCGUGCUCAUGGACCACCAGUGAUCCACGGACCACACUUUGAGAACCACUGCUAUACGUGAUCUAUGGAGAACUCACCUUUAGUUUUAUUAUCAUGUGUUGGUUUUCAAGCUACACAUUUCUUUGUUGUCUUUAAUAAACAGCAACAUUUGUUCAA